AUGAACUGCACCGAAUCUCCGAAGAGGGCGGCCAACAAGCGCCCCGCAUCGCCGGCGUCCGUCACGAACAAGUUCUCCGCCAAGCGGAGAAGGAUUUCGCUUGCCUCAACAGACUUCUCUCGCGAGCUGGACUUUGAGCAAGAUGGGCAAGGCAGACCGCGGACGGGUGUCAUAUCAGCGGCGGAUCGUUUCAUUUCCGCUCGUCCGAAACUUGCGCUACCGCUGGAUAUCACUCCGAGGACGCGGCGUAUCGCCAAGUCGUUCGACCUCGUCGAUGAUCGUGUACUUAGCUACGACCACUCGGAACCAUCGACUUCUAGCCACAAGACGCAGCUCAACACCCUCCUGCGCGACUCCGCAUCCCAACUGUACUCUCAGAGUCCGGUCCUCCGGCCGACCUCGGUAACGUCUAACCUCGCCGUGCAUAAACAAUCUAUAAUGGCGCUGGACACGCCUGGUAUCCCUAUCGACACGUUCGCGAACCCGAUAUCUUGGUCGGAGGAUAACUAUAUCGCGGUUACGUGCAACGACGGCGUGUAUUAUCAGAACCUCGAGACGAAGAUCGUGCAGCGACUGCCUACCGAUAGAAGUCUUCAAGUGCUAUCGCUGAAGUGGGCCGGGAAGAGCCAAUCACAUUUAUUAGCAAUAGGGACGAACGAAGGGACCGUGCAGGUUUGGCAUACGGCGAUGGAUGAGCGACCUAAAAACCACAUGGAUGUUUGUUGGGAAGAUGGGGAUGCUCGUGUUACGAGCAUGGACUGGAAUGAGAGUGUUUUGACAGUUGGUCGUGCACGGGGGAUCAUUGACCUAUAUGACAUCAGGACGAAAGACGAAGCGAAGCAGAUUCAGGGCCAUAAAUCCACAGUAACGAGUACCAGCUGGAGCUCAGAUGGCAAGUAUUUGGCGUGUGGCGAUAAAUCUGGUAUCGUUCGAAUCUGGGAUGCGAGGGCUAGCAAGAAUUUGUGGGAUGAUGAUAUUGGGAAGAGGAGUUCGAAGAUGAGACAUCGAGGACCUGUCAAGGCCCUUGCGUGGUGUCCUUGGGACGCUCAUCUACUUGCGACGGGUAGUGCAUACCCCGAAGGCACGAUUCGCGUCUUCUCAGCGUCGGCCCUCUCCUCGCCGCCAGCCCCCAUCUCCUCAGUAACCCUCGACACAUCCGUCCUCUCACUCCACUGGUCCCCCCACUGCCGCGAGCUGCUCAGCACGCAAGGCUCCUCCUUUGAACCCCCGAAGGUCCUGCAAAAUACCCGCGGGGGUAUGGAACCCGAUAGUCACACACUGCGCGAGGCGUGGCGGUCGAAGAUGGUCGUACGCAAGUCGGCGCUGACGAAUUCGAUUGUCGUGCACGCGUAUCCGUCCUGGAAACGGCUCCUGACAAUUCCGGGUGCGCACCCCGGGGUGAUUGCGCAUAGCUGUCUCAGCCCCGAUGGCACGAAGGUCUUCACGGCGUGUGCGUACCAGGAGGCGUUGAAGAUGUGGAAAGUGUGGGACAUCAGGGCAGAGGCGGAGAAAAGGGAGAGUAUCUUCGAUAAGUGUAUGAUACGGUGA